GACCACGAGGCUUUCGUCAUACACCCAUCCGUCGCCAGAGACAGAGCAAGAGUGUUUACUGUCAUGAGCCCGACCAGGGCCCAGAGUAUUCUCGACGAUUUGCAUUCUGGUUGGACCGCAUAUGGGGUCAAGCGUAAAAGUGGUCAAAGUGCUGGCAGAAGCGAUAUGUAUCUAUACAGUCCCGAUGGACAGAAGUUCCGGUCAAUUAAAGAAGUCCAAAGGUAUAUCCAAUCUUUGAAACAAGUGCCUGUCGAGGACAAAGAGCGAGAAUGCUCACCCCUUGAGAAUGAUUGGUGUCAGAAACUUAAGGACACACCUAUGACUUCAGCGUUUCACCGGAGGCAAAAAGGAUACUCAUCGUCAGACCCCAGAAAAACAUUGCGCAAGAAAGUGAAGUUUCCCGAGAAGCCAUCUGUUUCGCUGCCUUCUGAAAACAGUAAUAAGAGAAAAAGGGAAGGCCACAUAAACUGCGUUUAAACGGCGAAGCUGAGGUGUGUUCAGUCGCUGAGAGUAACGCAGCCUGUGACGUUUCCUCCGGAACACCCAGAGUCGCAUCGAAGAGAAAGCAACUGCGGCCAACCAAGUUUACAGGAGGAGAUCUCCUCGGAUGACUCGAACCACGAACUAAUAUCCCUGCACUGCUGGCAGACGAUUUUUUUCCAGUUAACUGCUAAAACGAGACAUGAGACGACAAAGUUUCCGGUUUAGUCACUUUCUUUGUUACGGCUCGCCGAGACUAACAGCUGAUCACUUCGCAAGAGGCUCGGCGUUGGUCUUGGCAGACAGACCAAUACACGUCCAUCGAACGGCACUAAAACACCCUCUACUUCUUCUCUCAACGAAAACAAAGAGAAUCUCGUGUAUGAAAGGCAGACAACAAGGGGUUCUGGCCCAGUACGCCUCUGUUCGAGC